UAUAGGAUAAUCUAAGGUAUUAUCUUACACAUGCGUAUAUAAUCGAAUAAACUUUACCAAUUAGCCAAUACAUUUAUUUUUCUCAAGCAAGCACUAUAGGCACGCAACGAGCAAAGAAAAUCAGUAAGCUAAUUAAAUUUAUAGGUGCUCUCGAUAAACUGUUGAUCGGCCGCCACUGUAGAAUCUACCGCAGACACAUGUUAUAUCUAUCAGUCUUAUAUAGGUAGUAGGUACUUUCAUAGUUGAAAGUAUAGUGGUGAAGAGGAGGUAAAGAGUGGUAAGGAGAAGAAAAUAUAGUGUGAAGAAAGAAGGAACGGAGCCAUAGUUCGAAAAAGGAAUCGUCCCCCGAAGUGAUAAAGGGCAUAUCAGCCCAUUCGCGCACAGAAUUCGCGCCGUCGAGGACAAAGACAAAGCUACAUAUAUAUACUUUUAAAGAUCCAAAUCUAUCGACAAGAGGCAAGAAAGCUGCGUGCCGACACUGCACUCGUCUGCAUGUGUGUGCCCGUACGCACGUAAGUGUAUGUGCAACCGUUGUCCUAUCUCGUAUAUGCCAAUUAUAUUGCAUCGCUCUUUCUCCGUUUCGUUCACACGGAGGUAUAUAUUGCGAGACGCGCGAAAAUUGUGUGGGUAUGCGUGCACGAAUGUGUUGACAUUACGUAGCAGAGAAAUAAAAAAGAGAAUACGACCCGCGCGGCGCGUGGGCGCUUCUAACGAGGAAGAAAAAAGGAUAUCACAAGACGGGAAGAAAAAGCAGAGCCGAAUAAGGACUUGAUUGGUUUGGAUCUUCCUGUUCGUAAGUGUCGUGUAGCGCGCGCGCGCGCGCGUGUGUGAGCACGUACGUAUGUGGGUUUUAGAGAGGUUAUGUCAGCUGGAACACCUGGACGACCAGCUCGUCGCCGACAGUAUUCUUGUCUCUCCUAAUUUCUUAUAACUACAGACUUGAUACUUUUACCUGACCUUCCAUACGCCGGCUGUUGCUUUUCGCUCAUUAGAUUGUGCUCACACAGACUAUAUAUUUGCGUUGGUGUACGCGCGCUGGUGUAUGUGCAUGUAUCUUUACUUUUCUAUCACCGCAUAUACUAAAUCAUUACGGAUUUUUGGACGAAAAAUCGAUCACCCGCUGAGGACUUUGUAUGCUUUUCCAUGCUACGGAAUGCAGCGGAUGAAGGGGCAAUCGAACAGUCAAGUGAGCAAUGGUCCAAAGGAACAUCCACAACAACCUGGCGAGCAUUCGACCGGAGAGGACAUUGGCUUUGAAUCCUGGCGUGGUGGCAAUAGCACUCAACACCACUCUAGCUAUCCAAUUGGUAGUGGUGGCAAUGACCACUACAGUCCAUAUUAUGCUGGUACAUCUUUUCAGUAUCAAACUUUUGGAGCUGGUGAUGGUACUUGGUCGAACGGUACCGAUCCCGUAACCUUUUUACCUGGCUAUGGUGGACAAAUAAGCCAUGAUGCUUAUGGUAUGGAAGGUGUCUUUUCCACCAAUGCAGGAGGUAGUUUUGGUAACUUUGGUCAGCCUACUUUUCCCAAUUAUUUUCAUGGUAAUGGUGACUUUAGUGCGUGGGGUACACCUAGAAAGGCACGUUAUGAAGACUAUUAUCAACAUCGCAGUGGAGAUAAUUAUGGGGGUUCCAGCAUUGGUGAUGGAAAAUCAAUAGACCAAGGGGUCCAGGGAUUAUCGAUUGGCAGCAAGGUACAAAGACAGGAUCAACAACAACCACAGCAACAGCAACAACAAAUUCCAACAGUCUCCACUGUGCCACCAAAAUUGGAACCCAAAGAACCUCGUAAAAUAACGUGGGCAAGUGUGGCAAGUCAACCAGCAAAGCCAGUACCCCCUAUUUCUUCUACUCAGGGUACAAAGAAAAAGACUGGUAUCGCUCCACCUCCCAUCAUUCCUGGUAAACACAACAUGGAUAUUGGUACUUGGGGCGAGGGUAAAGCAUCGGUGCCUCCUCCUAAAGCUCCACCUCCACCCUCGCCACCUGCAGUCCAGGCACCAAUGCCAUCUCCGCAACCAAUUCCCACGGGAGCAGUUGCCAUGCAAAGACAUCAUCAUCAUCAGCAACAACACCAACAACACCAACAACAGCAGCAUCAGCAACAACAGCAUCAACAUCAACAUCAACAGCAGCAGCAGCAGCAACAGCAACAAAGAGGACUGGCACCAGGACCAUCAGUGUCAACAUGUUGGAAUAGACAGCCACAGAGUCCACCUUCGCCAUCGGCGCAAUUACAAGCCAUGCAUCAUCAAUCGGUGCACCAGCAGUUUUCACCUUCCCAGCCAUCCAAUCAAAAUCAUCAUUUACAAAAUCAACAACAGCAUCCAGUACAGCAGCAUCAACAUCCUGCUCCACCUUUACAUCAACAACAGCAACAUCAUCAGCAGCAACAGCAACAACAGCAGCAACAGCAGCAACAACAACAACAACAACAACAACAACAACAACAACAACAACAACAACAACAACAACAACAACUAAGUACUCAGAAUCUAUCACACCCUGUGUUGGAUGAAUUGAAAGUGAAGAACAACUACAAUCCAGUGGAUUUUGAUCAAACAGCACAGGGUGCUCGAUUUUUUGUAAUUAAAUCCUAUUCAGAGGAUGAUAUACACAGAUCAAUAAAGUACGAAAUCUGGUGUAGUACGGAAUAUGGAAAUAAGCGAUUAGAUCUGGCUUAUCAUGAGGCAUCCCGUGAAACUGCGCCUCUUUACCUCUUUUUCUCUGUAAAUGGUUCCGGCCAUUUUUGCGGUAUGGCGCAAAUGGUAUCAUCGGUAGACUAUAACAGCAACAGUUCGGUAUGGUCGCAAGACAAAUGGAAAGGUCAAUUUCGGGUGCGCUGGAUUUAUGUAAAGGACGUACCUAAUGGCGAAUUGCGGCAUAUUAAAUUAGAAAAUAAUGACAAUAAAUCGGUGACGAAUUCUCGCGACGCUCAAGAAGUACCACACGCUAAAGGUGUACGGGUCUUACGAAUUUUGCAUAGCUAUCGGCAUUCAACAAGUAUUUUCGAUGAUUUCGGGCAUUAUGAGAGACGUCAGGCAGAAGAAAAUCAACGCAAAGUUCCCACUCCGAGUGCAAUACAGCAUCAUCCACCGUCUAAUCACAGGGCUGGCGGAAGCGGCGGAGGUGGAAGGGGACCUCAUCCGAAUGAUAUACCCCCAAGGGACCAUCAUCAUGGACCGCCGUCCCAUCAUCAUUUACAUCAUCAACGUAGAGACCGAGAUUAUCGUGGAAGAGGUAGAGGAGGUUCACAUCAGUAGCAGCGACUGGUCAAGAGCUUCGUUACUACCCACGCUAGUUUUGAACUAAGGGAAAUGAAUCAUACUGCUUUUUCAGUUUCUCCGAGUAGUGAGCUACUCCAUCUAACCGCCGCAAUCAUAAAAAAAUCAGUCCUCUGUACAUCGAUAAUGUCGAUGAUGACGAUGAUAAUAAUUAGCAUCACGCUGAGCCUUGCAAGUAAUCCUGUAUUUCAUUUAAACGUAAUCGCUAUGUGGAUCAGAAGCAGCAACAUGAGCCAGAGAAUACCAUUGAAAAAUGAAAGAAUUAAAUAGUGCGGUGGUGUUGUCGAUGUGUGCGUUGACUCUUAUUGCUAAACGGUGUUUAUUAAAAUGAUACAAAAAUAUUUGAACUAAUUAUAAAUGAAAGAACGAAAAAUAAAACAAAUGCAAAAAUGAAUACAUUUUGUAUGAAUGAAUAAACAAGGUAAAAAAAAAGCGUAGCAAAUAGGAAACAGGACACCGACUGAUUGAUGAUAUGAAAUACAUUGAGAGAACUACGAAUGAGCGAACUGUAAUACUACGACACGAUGUGGACACUAACUCUUGUAUAAUGCUUAAUGAACGUACUUUUGUUGAAAAUGUUUGAAGAAAUUCUAUAUAUAAGCGUACCGAGCGAUUAGUAAAAGAGUGUCGAUUGACAUUAAUAUUAAUAUAAUUAGAAACUUCUGUGGACACAAGAUUUGAAAUAAAGAAAAUCAAUAAGGAAAUAUACACACGCGUGCGCGCGCAUAUGUAAUGAUGCAGGAGAAUGAAUUAGAAUGCAAGUAUAGGUAUAAUGAGCAUACCUAAAAAAAAAAAAA